CCUUCUCCGAAAGUGACCCCAAUCUCCCCCUUUCCCGCGUUUCCAGCCAUAUCCUAACCAAUUCCGACUGUCACCCUAUGGCGUCCUCUCCUUCCUCGAAUCCUCUCUUCCUCACCUUAUUUAAUCCGUCACGUCCCCUCUCCGCGUUUCCAGUUCCUCUCCCAUUCUAUUAAUGGCUCAGAGUUCGGUGGAGUUCGAGGACUUCCUCCCUCUCAUGGCGGAGAAGCUCGGGGAGGCCGGCCUCAUGGAGGAGCUCUGCAAUGGCUUCCGCCUCCUGAUGGAUCCAAGAAGAAAGCUGAUCACUUUCGAGAGUUUGAAACGCAACGCGGCGGUGCUCGGCUUGCAGGGGCUCCGGGAUGACGAACUGAUGGGGAUGCUGAGGGAAGGAGACCUCGAUGGUGAUGGAGCUUUGAGCGAGAUGGAGUUCUGCGUGCUGAUGGUGAGGCUGAGUCCGGAGUUGAUGGAGCAGUCCUGGCGGGGGCUGGAUGAGGCGUUUCGACAAGCGUUUGGUGGGGGUUUAUGAGCUAAGCUGUCUUCUUCUUCUGCCUGUUUUCUUCUCUGUUCUUGGUGAAAGACACCUUUUUUCGAUUGACUGAUUUGAUUUUUGGAGGGUGUCUGAUGUUCAAAUGACAAUUUAAUUGGAAAUUUAACUGAAUUCUCCAAGCGAUGGAGAUUGGUUGCUUAUAUUGAUAAAGUAGAGCCUUUGGAUCCUAAGAUUUCCGGCCUCUUUUUAAUUUCGUGUUCCAUCUGUUGUCUAGUUAGUAAUACAUGAGCUUAACGUGGAUAAAACUGAUGAUGGCUUGGCCCACGUUCCACAAUCAUAUAUGACUUCUGUUGUGUUUGUAUGAUAAAUUUAAUUGGAAAUUGAAUCAGAUUCUUAAAGCAA